AUGUCAGCAACAUCGUUAGCAGUACAAAUUUCGCAGUUUACUUCGCAAUAUGCACUUUAUGUAAACAGUAUUUGCAUUAUAAUAGGAUUUAUCAGUAAUAUUUUGAAUAUUUUGAUCUUUAUUCGAUUAAAACAAUUUCGACAGAAUCGAUGCGUUUUUUAUUUAAUUAUUGAAUCAAUUUCUAAUCUUUUCAGUGAACUAUCUACUAUGAUGGUCACUUUGAUAUCAUUAAUAUAUGGAGAUAAUGCACUAAGAUUUUCAAUAUUCUGGUGUAUAAGUCGUUAUAUUGCUUUUCAAGGAACAGGAUUAAUAUCAACUUCUAUGAUUUGUUUUGCAGCUGUUGAUCAAUUUUGUUCAACAAAUUAUCGAUUAUAUCUUCGACAAAUAUGUAAAAUGAAAUUAACUUAUUAUUUCGUUAUAAUAUGUAUUAUUAUUUCCAUUUCUCAUAGUAUUUUAUAUAGUUCUUUUGCUAUUAUAACAGAAUUAUUAGGAUGUACGGUUACAAAUCCUCAAGUUGUUCAAUAUGCAACAUAUUUUUAUUAUCCCAUUUUUCAAGGUUUUUUGCCAAUUACAAUUGCAUCAACAUUUAGUUUAUUAGCAUAUAGAAAUGUACGUCGAGUCAUUCGUCGACAAAUUCCAAUCGAACGUCGUCGAUUUGAUCAACAAAUAACAGCUAUGGUUUUAACUCGUGUUAUAGUAUACGUAGUUUUAUCUUUACCAUAUACAAUCUAUCGUGUAUAUGCGAUUAAUCUUGAUUCAAAAAAAAUUGAUCUUUUACGCUCAGCAAUUGAACGAUUAAUUCAAACAAUUUUCUAUUCAAUUGCUGCAACAAUCUAUGCGAUUAAUUUUUAUUUAUUUUUAAUAAUAUCAUCUCGAUAUCGUCGUCAAGUGAAAUAUGUUCUCAAAAAGAAAUAUUGGUAUUCAAUCAAAGAUUGGUUUUGUUUAAGAAGUAAUCAAAUUCAACCUGAAUUACCAAUUUCAUCGAAUGAUGAUAAUCUAUUCGAAUAA